UUCACUGGAGGGCGCUAACACAAAGCACCAGGUGGUCUGGGAACAACUUGAGAAAGGAGGAGGCCAUUCACUAGCCUGUUUUAGCUACACACACCAAGCUACUGUUAGCUAGCCGGCGGCUAACGGGCAAGCUAAAACAUCAGUUUGUCUUAAUGUCGCCUGUCUUAUCAAGUGAUGGCGAGAGAACAGUGUUCACAAACCGAAGCUGAACUGUAUUACCUCAUUGCCAGAUUUCUCCAGUCAGGACCCUGUAAGAAAGCCGCACAGAUUCUGGUGGAGGAGCUGGAGGAGUAUGAGCUGGUUCCUGAACGAUGGAGUUGGGACGGGAAGAAAUACAACCGGACCUUCCGAGAGUGGGUGAUUUUGAACGAGCACAUUCCUGCAGACUAUCUGCUCCGCGUUUGCCAGCGGAUAGGCCCACUUAUAGAGAAGGAGAUCCCACCUAGUGUUCCUGGAGUCCAAACACUUUUGGGGCUGGGAAGACAGUCCUUACUUCGUACCACCAAAAGUUGUAGCCACAAAGUAUGCAGUGGCUCAGCUGUCGCCGCACUCCACCGAGGACGUCCACCAGAACCUCCAGUCAGCAGUGGAGACCCUCCCAAUGUUGUUUCCAUCAUGGGUGCUCGCCAGGCCACAGGCACAGCUCGUUUCAACCAGGUCUUGCCGUCUUCCUCCUACCAACACAUGAAGAUACACAAACGUAUCCUUGGCCACCUUUCUUCUGUCUACUGUGUAGCCUUUGACCGCACCGGCCGUCGGAUAUUUACGGGUUCUGAUGACUGCCUGGUGAAAAUCUGGGCCACAGAUGACGGCCGGCUCCUGGCAACGCUCCGCGGCCACUCAGCAGAGAUCUGUGACAUGGCCGUCAACCACGAGAAUACUCUCAUUGCCUCGGCGAGCUGUGACAAAACCAUCAGAGUGUGGUGCCUUCGCACCUGUGCACCUAUCACUGUUCUGCAGGCCCAUGGUGCCUCUAUCACAUCCAUACAGUUUUGUCCUGCUGUCAAAGGGACAACUCGGUACCUGGGCUCCACCGGUGCAGACGGGAUGGUGUGUUUCUGGAAGUGGCACUCGAUCAGCAUGAAGUUCAAUGAUCAACCAGUCAAGUUUGUUGAGCGGUCACGUCCAGGAGUACAGGUCUCCACUUCCUCCUUCAGUAGUGGUGGUAUGUUCAUGGCUACCGGUGGCACUGAUCAUUUGAUCAGAGUCUACUACCUUGGUGCUGAAACUCCUAUGAAGGUCUCUGAGAUGGAUGCUCACACGGAUAAAGUUGUUGUUGUUCAGUUCAGCAAUAACAUUGACAGCCUAAGGUUUGUGAGUGGCAGUCGUGACGGCACAGCCAGGAUCUGGCAUUACCAGCAACAAGAGUGGAAGAGCGUCACUUUAGAUAUGGCUGCCAGGCUACCUGGGAGUACUGUUGCCAGUGGAGAUGAUAAAACCAAGCUGGUGGUGACCAUGGUGGCCUGGGACCGUGCAGAUAGCACUGUUAUCACAGCAGUGUCAAACUAUCUGCUCAAAGUCUGGAGCACAACCACUGGACAGCUGCUGCACGUUUUAUCGGGUCAUGAUGAUGAGGUGUUUGUGAUGGAGGCUCACCCAUUCGACUCCCGUAUCAUUCUAUCUGCUGGCCAUGAUGGCAACAUUUACAUGUGGGACCUGACCAAAGGAGCCAAGAUCCGCAACUUUUUCAACAUGAUUGAAGGGCAAGGCCACGGUGCUAUUUUUGACUGCAAGUUCUCAACUGAUGGGCAGCAUUUUGCCUGCACUGACUCACACGGCCAUUUGCUCAUCUUUGGCUUCGGCUGCAGCAGACCGUAUGAGAAGAUUCCAGACCAGAUGUUUUUCCACACGGACUACCGACCUCUGAUCCGUGACUCUAAUAACUACGUGCUGGACGAGCAGACGCAGCAAGCCCCACACCUCAUGCCUCCACCCUUCCUGGUGGAUGUCGAUGGCAAUCCUCACCCUUCUCACUACCAGCGCCUGGUGCCAGGAAGAGAGAACUGCCAGGAUGAGCAUCUCGUACCCCAGCUAGGAUACAUGGCUAACAGCGAUGGAGAGUUGGUUGAGCAGGUACUUGGCCAGGAAACGGCAGAAAACAGAGAGAGCCUAUUGGACAAUCUCAUCAGACAGUUGCAGAAUGAGCAGGACGAGCGUCAGAAUGCAGACCCACUUGACGAGGCAGACGGUGACGAUGCAGACGCAGAAGAGGAGAUGGCUUCCUCGCCGUCUGCUGGACCACGCAGAAGUAGGCAGGUGGACGGGGUGUGGCAGAUGCAGCAUAAUGCCCUGCGUAGUCAAGUGGCCACCGAGAGGGACCUGCUGGCCUGGAGCCGCAGAGUGAUGGUCAGUGAAGUGCCCCAAGGGAUAUUCAGAGUUUUGGAGGAGUGCAGACAAGCCAAAGGCGACAUGGAAUGUUCUCUAUACAAUGCAGAAAGGAGAAAAAAACCAGUAUCCUGCACACCCAAGAGCGAUCUGUUGACUUCACGCCUGCGCUCCCUGAGGCCCACAAAGAAAAAGCAGCAGCGCCACGCCUAUCAGACACGCUCAGCUCAAGUCCGCCGUCCUGGGACCAGGAGUCGAAAUACCAGCAACCGACGCAACUCUGACAGCCAGAUAGACUCUGACAGUGAUGGAGAGGCAGCAGAACAGGUGGAGCAAAGCGAGGCCUCCUCUGAUGGUGAAGCUCAGUGGCAGGGUGAAAGCAGCUCCAGUGACUCCUCCAGCGAAUAUUCCGAUUGGACAGCUGAUGUUGGGAUCAACCUCCAGCCGCCAAAGCGAUCAACCAGGAGGCCCGUACAGCCCCAAGGUUACAGCAGCUCUGAGGAGGAAGAAGGUGAUGACAAGGCAAAGGAGACCAAGAAGAAGGAAAACGAGAAGAAGAAGAAGAAGAAGAAGCAGCCCAAGGAGACAAAACAGAAACCCACAUCCUCCCUGGCCGGACUUGACGCGGAGGAGUGGCUGCCACCAUCAUGGAUAAUGGAGACCAUCCCACGCCGCUCUCCUUUUGUUCCACAAAUGGGAGAUGAGCUCAUCUACUUCAAACAGGGCCAUCAAGCCUAUGUCCGGGCUGUCCGCAGGGCCAAGGCCUACAGCAUCAACCCUCAGAAACAGCCCUGGAAUAGACUCGACCUCAGGGACCAGGAAUCUGUAAAGGUGGUUGGAAUUAAAUACGAAGUGGGUCCUCCCACCCUCUGCUGCCUAAAACUAGCUUUCUUGGAUCCAGUCUCAGGGAAGAUGACCAAUGACUCUUUCUCCUUAAAGUACCAUGACAUGCCUGAUGUCAUAGAUUUUCUGGUGCUUCAGCAGUUUUACAACGAGGCUAAAGAGCACAACUGGCAGCCAGGUAUGAGGUUCCGCAGCAUCAUUGAUGACGCCUGGUGGUUCGGCUCUGUAGAGGACCAGGAGCCUCUGCAGCUGGAGUAUCCAGAUAGCCUGUUUCAGUGCUAUGCUGUAAAGUGGGAUAAUGGUGAGCGAGAGAAAAUGAGUCCCUGGGACAUGGAGCCUAUUCCUGAGGAAGCUGCGUUGCCAGACCAGGUUGGUGAUGGCGUGGAGGUGGCAGAGGAGGAGCUAAAGGCUCUUCUUUAUGGGCCUCAGGAAGGAGAAUGGGGGGCUCACACACGAGAUGAGGAGUGUGAGAGAGUCAUCCACGGCAUUGAUCAGCUUUUUACACUGGAGGUAGCCAAGGCAUUUGCGUCACCAGUAAAUCUGCGGGACUACCCUCUGUACUGCACUGUGGUGGCUUACCCCACUGACCUCAGCACCGUCCGCAAACGACUGGAGAACCGCUUCUACAGGCGGAUCUCUGCAUUAAUGUGGGAGGUGCGCUACAUUGAACACAAUGCCCGCACUUUUAACGAACCCCAGAGCCCCAUUGUAGCAACGGCCAAGGUGGUGACUGAUGUUCUCCUGCACUAUAUCGGGGACCAGAGCUGCACAGACAUCGUGGAUCUGUAUCACAGACUGAAGUGUGAGAUCAGCAGUGGAGGAGAAGCUGAGGCUGACUUGGAUGUGGACUCUGACACUCCAGGAACAUCUACGGGACAUCGGGGAGCCAAUCCAAAUUCUAAGAAACGUGGUGUGGUUUUGGAUGUGAAAGCAUGGCGAAGUCAAUGCCGAGAGCUGGUGCGUCGAAUGAUCGCCUCGCCGGAUUCAGAACCAUUCAGACAGCCUGUGGAUCUCUUUGAGUAUCCGGACUACCGAGACAUCAUUGACAUGCCCAUGGACCUGGCUACAGUGUCAGAAACACUGAUUGAAGGGAAUUACGAAAGCCCGAUGGAGUUUGCCAAAGACGUGCGCCUCAUUUUCAGCAACUCCAAAGCAUACACACCUAACAAGAAAUCACAGAUCUACACCAUGACCCUCAGCUUGUCAGCCUUCUUUGAAAAAAACAUCAUCUCCAUCAUCUCCGACCACAAAUCUGCAAUUCAAAAUGAACGGCGGGCUCGUCAGAGACUCAGUUACAGGGACAGAUUGCACAACGGAGGCAGCUCCCCGCCUAAUAGUCCAUCCCCCAGCUCUAAAGGGAAGCACAAGUCAGGGAAGGUGUCAAAGUCAAAAAAAUCCCAGACCCCAACCAAGAAUCGUUCUCAGAGACCAUAUCAGGCUCAGAAAAGCAGCAGUGUAGCAGAGGAAGAGGACAUCCAGCCUUCUUCACCAAGUUCAGGGACAUGCGAGAGCAGAAAUGAAGGGCCCCAUCGGGUGACUCGCAGCCAAGCAACUCCAGUGAAGAAGUCAGGGCACAAGCGUAACUUGCACCUAAGUAACGGCUCCAGACAAAGCCACAAGCGAGAGGCGCUGCAGUCUGUCAAUGAUAGGGAGGCGUCCGGAUCCAACAGCUCCUCGUCAGAGUCCUCCUCCACCUCGUCAUCCUCCACUUCCUCGUCAUCGUCGGACAGCGAAAAUAGCUCUGAUUCUGAGAUGGAAAAAUACGUGGAAGGGGGAGACCACGACUACAGCAAAGCCCCCUGCCUGUCAGUACGCCUGUCAGCUAAGGGUAAGGUGUCGGCCUCAGGGAAAAGGAGACACAAAGGAGGAGAGGAGGCGGCACAGAGACCUAAAAAAGCACGAGUGCAGCUGCCGGUAGAGCAGGAGGAGGAAGAUGAGGAGGAGGAAGAUGAGGAGGAAGAUGAGGAGGAAGAUGAGGAGGAAGGGGAGGAGGAAGGGGAGGAGGAAGAAGAAGAAGAAGAGGAGGAGGACGAGGAGGAGGAGGAGCAGCAGCAGCAGCAACAGGUGGAUGUAAAACAUGAAGAGGACGCGGGAGAGGAGGAGGAGGAGGAGGAUGAAGAAGAAGAAGAAGAAGAGGAGGAACCUGAGGAGGAGCCUGAGGAGGAGCCUGAGGAGGAGCCCGAGGUGGAGCCCGAGGUGGAGCCCGAGGAGGAGCCCGAGGAGGAACCCGAGGAGGAGGAGGAACCUGAAGAAGAGGAGGAGGAGGAGGAGGAGGACAAUUCUGAAGAGGUGCAGAGAGGGGCAGCGGCAGCAGCAGCCAGCAGUUCGAGAGGCAACCAGUGCAAGUCUCAGCGGGUCAACACACGUAACCAGGGCCGCAGGACAGUUCUGUACCGGGACGACUCAGAGGAUGAUGGCCAUGGGUCGAAGGAAGACCCCCUCAACCUGGGUAGAUCCCGCUCAGGACGGGUACGCCGCAUGACUGAGAAAGCCCGCGUCAGCCACCUCAUGGGCUGGAGUCACUGACACAUCGCCACCCCUUCUCAUACCUCAGUAAAAAAACUGUUCAACAUGAGUAAUACUUCAGGGAUUUUUUUCUUUCUUUUUGUACAAGUGUAUAUAUAAUAUAUAUAUAUAUAUAUAUAUAUAAAUAUAUAUAUAUGAUUUUUCUUUUUAUCUGAGACUGCUUUGACUCUCAAACUGAUAGCUGGUGCUCUUGAUGUGUUGCCAAGGAGUUUUCUUUCCCUGGUCGACAGAGCUAUUUGUUCAACACGGACCCUCUCCAACUGGACUAACUCACCUCGGCCUUACCGCUCGCCUCGAAACACGGCACUGCUCUCCUCUUCCUCGUCCUGUGCGUUUCACAUCCGGGACUAAACACUAUACCCCCUCCUUUCUCCUCCUCUUGUCCCUCCCACAACUAUUCUUACUCCUGGUCACCAAAGAAGGAUGUGGAGAUGCCAAAAAAAUGGUGCUCAUUAGAUUUCUCCAUUUUGUUGACUUUUCUCGACAAGUAAUUUAACAAAGCUAUUCGUGCUAGUGGUCUAAAGUUCAGUCAUGACCACCGUGAAAACGUUUGCAGUAUCACUAAAGGUUACUGAUGUCAACUUUUUUUGGUACUCGGUCUUUCCUCACAACCACAAGCCUUAGUUUUCAGAGCUCACAUCAGUCAGGUUUUGUGCGUGAUCUGUGGCUGGAGUCGAGACAAAGUGUAGUUUGGGCACUAGCAAUACUGAGGAAUCAGAGUGACUUAAGUCAUUAGAAUAUAGUACCAUAGUAGUAUCUCAGCUCCUAACCCCCCCCUCUGUCGGACAACUUGACGUCUUUGGCCUGUGAAUGUUAAAUGUGUUCCCUGCUUCCCCUUCGGUGGUGGUGACUGUUUUUCAGCUCUUUGAUUCUGGUAUUUGGUUAGAAUUGGGUGCUUUUUUUAAGAGUAAAGCUGAUUUAUUUAAUUUUUUUUCCUUGGGUAAAAACGCCACUGCAUCCUGUUUGUAUUUGUACUGUUGUACCUGAUGGAUCAGACAUGCAUCCAUUCAUGGUUGCUUCCAUCACACCUUCUCCUCCCAGCAUGUGCAAAAGCAAAGGGGUCCUUUGGCCUACUCUCUUCCACAGAAAUAUUUAUUUUUCCAUUGUAUUAUACUUGGGUUUCUUUAGCUAUUUCGUACAUUAAUAGUGAUGAGGAAAAGGAAAUAUUUGCACAUUUAUCUACUCCACUUGGCAGCUGAGUAAUAAAGAUAUUGGAGAAAGAGAAAUAAGGUGGGACUGAUGAUUUUUGUGUUAGAAUGUUUGAACUGUCCCAGCACACAUUUAUUCAGUCUUUUGUUUUAAAUCAUUUUUAGCUUGAAUACGUUUCAGCCUGUGUAUGAUGAAGCUGAAGGUCUUGUUAGCAAUCUAAAUCAUGCUUUCUAAUGGCCUGAAGCAAACGUAGCAACCGUGGAUUAUCCCUUUGUUAGUAUGUUGUGCCAUCUUUCCCCCCUUGUUUCUAACCACCUAUGGAUUGGUUUUUGGGUGAAUCAACUGCGCACAUGAUUGCUUUUCCCCCGUAAUCUAUUACAAUCAGAAUCGCUAGUCUAGUUUUUCUGCCUAGUUUUUAGAAAGAGUGAUUCCUGGCAGUGUUUCCGAAAUCCCCCUGUGGAACUGCAAAAUGGAUGCCUCCUGUUGCACCAACAUUGUUUACUUUAAAGCUUGUGCAGUUGUCGAUUUGCUAUGAGUCAGUCAUGAGAAACCAGGAAAGCUGAAUCUGAAAUUCUCAUUUCAACACUGGGUGCUCUAAUCCAAACCCACCUCCUCAUUACUCUGCCUCUGUGUGGUCAGCAGCAUGAGAGAGAGGCCUCGGAGGUUUGUUUUCUUUUCCCCUUUUUUUUUUUUGGGCUUAAGAGUUUGGUUAGUGUCGGGGUCUCAGCGAUGAAACACACAAAUCGGCAUCUAGGGUGCUCCAAGCGGCAGCAUUAACUGGCGUCUAGAAAUGAUUCUGGUUGAGUGUAAGAAGACUAAGAUUCGUAUUUUAGAAUCUUAUUUUCAUAUAGUAGAUGGCUCUUAGUCUCGCCUAACAAUAACAUUCUACUGUAGGUGGAAUAUGUGACUGUCUUUUAUACAAAAUGUUUUGAUUGUAUGUGUUUCUUUUUUUAAUAAAAAAUUGGUUUUCUCCAAAUGAA